CCAGCCUCUGUCCCCCGACCUCGAAGGCAGAGAAGGAGCCGCCGGGCCGCCACCCUCCGCGCGCGCCAUGGGCCCGCGCCGCCGGAGUCGCAAGCCCGAAGUCCCGAGGAGGCGCCCCGAGACCCCGGCCGCCGGCCCCCCUCGUCGGGCCCCCUCCUUAGGCGCUUCCUCCCGUCAGCGUGGUCCCCGGAGAUCCCGGAUUCUGAAGGAAAUCCGAACGCUUCAGAAGAGCACGGGCCUGCUGAUAAGGAAGAGCCCCUUUGGCCGCCUGGCAAGAGAGAUAUGCGUUAAAUUCACUCGCGGGGUGGACUUCUCUUGGCAAGCCCAGGCCCUGUUGGCCCUACAAGAGGCUGCAGAAGCGUUUCUAGUUCAUCUCUUUGAGGACGCCUAUCUCCUGUCCUUACACGCCGGCCGGGUCACUCUCUUCCCGAAGGACGUGCAGCUGGCCAGAAGGAUCCGAGGCAUUCAGGAAGGGCUUGGCUGAGCCCCUGCCCCGUCUCUGUAAGCCUUGCUUGCCCACUGCAGAGAGAGCGGCCUCUGGGGAAGAAGCCCCCCGGCCCCAGCCUCUCAUCCCCGGGAUGGGAAUUUCUCUGAAGGAAUUGCCAUCCGUGGUCCCUUGCUGUCUCACUUCCCUUUGUUCUCUAGGAAAGUUUGACUCGGUUUUAGCUUGAAUGCUUGGGAUUCUAUGGCUUCUGCCCUUUUGUACAAUGUUAAAUAAAAAUAUUUAUCUAUUUAAUGUCCAGGCAACACGGGUCUGUUAGAAUUCAGCCUCUGUUUUACAAGGACCAGGUGAUUCAUUUCGAUUAAGAGAAGUUUGGCUAUUGAAAAUGCCUUGGUAGUAAAUGUGAUACCUGACUUUCAGGGAUGACACCAAGGCCUCUGUCCAGAGCCAGGAACAGAUCCGCGGAGGGCAAGGAGGUGUCUACUCGCUGUCCCUGAGCAGAGUGCAUGUCGCUUUUGUAAUCGGUUCUUUUAAGAAGGACAAGACUGCAUAGCUUUUCUCUGGAACAGAGGUAAUAGAUGAGAAAAUCAACAGCAUUCCAAAGGACUGAGAAUUCUUUUUAGAUAAUGAGACUCCAAGGUUCGCUUCAAUUUGCAAAUGAUUCACAUGACUGCUGAAUGAUUUUGAAGACCUCAGACUUUCUAGGCUAUGGAAAAAAAGAUAUUUACCUAUUAUUUUACGUUUUCCUGUACCAUUUACAUUUCUUGCCAUAUGUAUAUUUACUUUUCUUUAAAACAUAAGGGAAAAAUAUAAAAGGCGACCACUUGAGUCAGUUGCACGAAGAGCCCAGCACGUCCACGCACUAAUCCGUCCCUCGGUUAACCUCACCCGGAGCGGGGCAAGCAAGGGAGGCGUGGGCCACGCCUCCUGACAGCUGGGGAGCUUUUUAAAAACUCAACUGGGGUUAAAAUAGAAAGUCUUAAGUCCUGUCGUUCUGAUUCCUUUGAGUAAAUUCCUGUCAAACUCAUUCAGAAAUUCUAAAUUCCGACUUGUAGAAUUUAUUUUAUUCUUCUUUGUAAAUCAUAGAUGACAUAUCAUGAUUUAUACUUUAGAAUUUUUCAUCUAGGGAUUUUAAAGUGCCUUCUCAAGUUUUUACAGGUGUCUUUAUCACUUCUUUGUGGAAAGAUAAUAAAAUUAAUUCUUUAAUGAAAAAACUGUAAAGCAAAGUUACAGUUACCACAUAUGGAGAUGCUACGUUUUUUGUGAGUUACUGUUCAGUUCUCCAUUUGUACACGCGGGACAAGCAGCCUCCAUUUAAACAAGAGAAUGGAGGGAUGUGUUUUGGGCUCCAGUAGAGUGUGAACGGGUGAAAACCUUACACUUCUGUCACAACCGAAAGCAGUUAAAGAGAUUUCCAGAGAAAUGGAAAGGGCCACGGGAAGACUUUUAGACUUUGUGUGUGAUGGAAAUGAUUAGCAAGGGUGGACCUCUGACAGUGAUGUGUGGGGCGACCAAAUUUGGAGAAGAACUGAAGGGAAGGACCAAGUUCUGUUGUUGGAUAAAUUUUAACCCUUUGGAAAAACCUCUUCCUGUUCAACAUCAAGUCCUAUUUAUACAGACAUUCGAAUAAAGUAUCUACUGUG